AUGCCUAUCGCCAUCACACCCCCCGAGACCCCGGUCCAGAAGGACCUCUCCACAGUUGUUCAGGUCCCGCCGCCAACGGAGAACAAGAAGCGCAAGAUCAUCUGCUUCUCAGAUUUCGACGGCACCAUCUUCAUGCAAGACACGGGCCACAUCCUCUUCGAUAACCACGGCUGUGGCGCCGAGCGUCGCGAGAUCCUUGACGAGCAGAUCAAGACGGGCGAGCGAUCAUUCCGCGACGUGUCGGAGGAGAUGUGGGGAUCCCUCAACGUGCCCUUUGACGACGGCUUCGAGGUGAUGCGGUCGACGCUCGAGAUCGACCCUGCCUUCCACGCCUUCCAUGCCUACUGCCGCCAGCACGGCAUCCCCUUCAACGUCAUCUCGGCGGGCCUCAAGCCCAUCCUGCGCCGCGUGCUCGAUACCUUCCUCGGCGAGGAGGCCUCGGCGCACAUUGACAUUGUGGCCAAUGAGGCGGACAUCACGGACGACGGCUCGGCGUGGAAGCCCAUCUGGCGCCACGACAACGAAAUGGGCCACGACAAGGCCCUGUCCAUGGCCGAGGCGCGCGCCCAGGCCGAGGAGGCCCUCGUCGGCGACGACGGCUCCGUGCCCCUCAUCGUCUUCAUCGGCGACGGCGUCUCGGACCUGCCCGCCGCGCGCCAGGCCGAUGUGCUCUUCGCCCGCCGCGGCCUGCGGCUCGAGGAGUACUGCCAGGAGAACGCCAUUGCCUACACGGCCUUUGACACGUUUGCCGACAUCCAGGCCGAGAUUGAGAGGAUCCGCGACGAGGACGACAAGAAGACGGCCGGCAAGGGCAUGCCCGCGCGCUUCAACCCACGCGCCAACAUGUGGCGCCGCGUGUCGAGCCGGAACGCCGUGCCCCGCCUCGCCGUGCUGUCGCCGGGCAUCGAGAAGGACCUGGCCGAUGUGAUGAAGACGGCUCUCAUCGAGGAAACGGUCGUGCCGGUGCCUGCCGCCGUCAACUGA